AUCGUAAAACAAGAUGGCGUCGCCGUCGGAAAUAAAUCGCUGUGAAUGAGUUUAUCGACGUGAAAGUCUGCCUCCCUUGAGGCUUAAGUGUUCUAUUACGAUUUUUCUGAUAAAAGAGACGCUCCUUUAUCAAACAGGGUCGUUGUGGGCGUCUCUUGAUUUCUUAUAGGAGCUCGCGGAUCUUCUGUCUGUCUCUUCAGCUGAGGAGGCAAGCCGAUGACAGACAGGAUGGACACUGGAGAAUACAUCUCCACCAUGGAGAACAUGGACCCAAGUUUGUCGGAAUUAGGGGACGAAUUCACUUUAGGAGACAUUGACGAGAUGCUGCAGUUUGUCAGCAACCAGGUGGGGGACUUUCCAGACUUGUUUGAGGACCAGAUGAACACAGCAGGCCCUCUACAAAGUGGUGGCACAACUUCCACCCCACAACCAGCCAUGCAGACCCCUCAGACACCAACCACUGCUGCCUACCAGGGAUCCAACACAAGCCUCUCAAACUCCCAGACACUGUCCCUCCAAUCUUUACCCCUCACCCCUCCUCUUACUCCCGCACAGACUCCCUCUCCCACCACCACCACCUCUGCAGUGCAGCAGCAGGUGACUCGCAGCCCUCCGCUCCUUCAGCCCCGGCCUCAGGUGGUCCAGCCCAUCCAGCCUCAGCCCCAACAGGCAGCCCAACCAGCUAUCCAGUUGCACACCCAGGGGCUCCCCAUGCAGACCCAAAGCUUCCCAGUCCACACACUGGUUCAGACCCACAGCCAGACGCCCCUGCCUAUCCAGACGCAAGCAGCCCAAACGGUGAUGAUUGCUUCCAAUGGCGCACAAUCACGCUUCAUCCAGAACCCCGUCAUCUGCCAUCAAAACCCUGCUCCCGGUUUCCAAGUCCUCCAGCCACAAGUGCAGAGCAUAAUGACAUCAUCACAGCUCCAACCAGUUACCAUUCAGCACCAGCGCGUUCUGACCCCAACAUGUCAAACCAUCCAGACUCUUUCCACAGCACCCACCGCAGUUCACACUGUUCAGCAGCAGGUACAACAAGUGCCUGUUCUGGUCCAGCAGCCUCAGAUUCUGAAGACAGAUUCCCUGGUUCUCACAACACUCAAACCAGAUGGGACUCAGGUGUUGUCUACUAUGCAGAGCCCCACAGGCAUCACCACCCUAACCACGCCCAUCCAAAACACAGCUUUACAAGUCCCGACGCUGAUGGGUAGUAAUAUUCUGACCACCGUUCCUGUUAUGAUGGGAGGUGGAGACAAGCUGCCCAUCAAACAGCUACAGCAAGUCUCCUCCAACUGCACUAAUGGAGGCAGACUGAGCAUGGAGCCGAGCCAGGUGACAGCAGGUUGUUUAGGGCCAGGGGUUGUGGUGAAGGAGGGUGAGAGGAGGACUACCCACAACAUCAUCGAGAAGAGAUACAGGUCCUCCAUCAAUGAUAAGAUCGUGGAGCUCAGAGACCUGGUUAUGGGCAAUGAUGCAAAGAUGCAUAAAUCAGGAGUUCUGAGGAAGGCUAUUGACUACAUCAAAUACCUACAGCAGGUCAACCACAAACUACGACAAGAGAACCUGGCCCUCAAGAUGGCCAACCAGAAGAACAAGCCAGUGACGCUGUCUGAGGAUGUGGAGCUCAAACAGGAAGUUGUGAUGAUGUCUCCUCCAGCCUCAGAUUCUGGUUCUGGUUCUCCUCACCAGUUCUCUCCUUACUGUGUAGAUUCUGAGCCAGGAAGUCCUUUACUGGAUCAUGAUCAGGUGAAGAUUGAGCCUGAUUCUCCAUCCUCGGUUGGAGUGAUGGAUCGUUCUCGGCUGCUGCUGUGUGCCCUGACUUUCUUCUGCUUGUCCCUAAACCCUCUGCCCUCUCUGUUGGGCUCCGAGUCUUCAGGGAGCCCAAACCUGUCUGCAGGCCAUGUCCCCUCUAGAACACUUGUAUGGUUUCCAACUCACACACAGGACUUUGCAUCUUGGCUGCGAUGCCUGUUGCCGUGGGUGAUAGUGUGGGUGCUGAGUGGGGUGGGAGCAGUGUGGGGCUGUGUCAGGGUUCUGUACCUGUGGGAGCCUGUCACACCUCUGCAUUCACCAAAAUCUGUGUCUUUCUGGAGGCACCGCAAACAAGCAGAUCUGCAUCUCAACAGGGGUGAUUACACAGGAGCUUUAGCCAGUCUAGAAACUUGCCUCUCUGUCUUGGCGAGAGCUCUUCCCUCAACCAAUCUGGAUCUGAUCUUCUCACUCUCCUGGAAUUUGAUUCGCUACUGUUUGCACCGUCCAACUCCUCUGGGCUGGCUGGUCCACCAGGUCGGAGGAAAGCAUGAAGGAGAGGAGUCGAGGACAAGUGCAAGAGACGCUGCGCUGGUUUACCACAGGCUGAGCCAGCUGCAGCUCACAGGAAAGCUGCCUGAGCGCAGCAGCCUGUGGGCUUUGUCUCUGUCUCUGAAUGCUGUCAACCUCAGUGAGAGCGCCCAAGGCAAGAUGGCCCCAGCUCAGCUUGCUCAGAUUUAUGUCACUGCAGCAACAGCGCUGCGCAUGGUGCUGGGCCACCAUCUCGCCUGUCUGCCUGCCUACCUUCUGGGUUGUGCAGAGAGUGUGGCCAACCAAUCAGAGAGCAAGCCGAACCCUGACUGCCUGCGCUGGCUCUUUACUCCGUUGGGCAGGCAGUUCUUUCUGAGCUGUGAUUGGUCGGUGAAGUCAGAGAGUAGUGAUGAGGUCUUCACUUCUCAGAGGGACCCAGCUGACCCCAUCGCCCAGCUGCACCGUUGUUUCUGCAGGAAGCUUUUAGAGAGAGCUGUUCACACCCUCAUCCAACCACAGAGCGACUCUGAUUCAGGCGUUCGCAAGAACGACUUUGGAGAGUUUUCCAGCGCCUUGGAGUUCCUUGAGUUGUUGAACAGCUGCAUAGAGGACUCUCCCUCCCCUCCUCCUCCUUUCUCAACUCCUCCCAAUCACACCACCAUUCCAGUGGGGGACCCAGUGAGUCGUUGGUGGGCUCUGGUCCUGAAGGCCGCAGUACAUUGGCUUCAAGGUGAUGAUGUUGCAGUGAGGUCACUGCUGGCAGAAGCAGAGCGAAUGCCGAGAGCUCUGCACAUUCUUGACCACCCUCUGCCCAAGGCUGUACUGCUUCUCUGUAAGGUGGUUCAGAUGAGUCUGUCUACUCUGAAGGGAGACGGGGUAGUAGCCUGCCUCUCUCACUGUGACAGAGCCAGCAUCUACCUGCGCUCCAGCAUCUCUUUGCCCCUCGCCCAAUCUGGGAACUGGCUCGAUAAGGGGGUGGAGCUCCUGGUCUGUGAUCUCCUCCUGACCCUAAGGACCAGUUUAUGGCAGCGAGGAGGCAGCAGUAAUGGAGAACCUGGUCCAGCUCCUGGAUCCCAGCUGGCUGGUUUCCAAAGGGACCUCAGUGCACUCAGGAAGCUCACACAGUGCUACAGACAAGCGCAACACAAGGUGUUCCUUCAUGAGACUACAGUGCGGCUGAUGGCUGGAGCCAGUCCAACAAGAACCCACCAGCUGCUGGAGCACAACCUGCGACGUAGGACACACAGCUCGUACUCAGCCGAGGGCGAGUGUAUUUUAGGUGAGAGGGAGAGGGCUCAUGCAAUUCUGCUGGCCUGCCGCCACCUUCCCUUGCCUCUGUUAACCCCACCAGGUCAUCGAGCCCGUCUGCUGGCAGAAGCUAAACGAACCCUUGAGCGGGUGGGAGACCGUCGGACCCUGCAGGACUGUCAGCAGAUCCUGCUGCGUCUCAGUGGGGGCACCACCAUCGCUGCUUCCUGAGCACACACAAUGAAAUAAUGACCAGGCAACUAAUCCAACCACUUCAUUAUUUUCUGCAACAAUCAGACAUCCACACUUAUCAAAGGACAGGCGUUAGAGCCUUUUCCUUAAUAGACGAAACGCAAGCAACAGGUUUUUGCUGUCAUACACGUAUCAGCCUUGUCUCAACAGUCUGACAGAAAAGUGACAUGGCUACGCAUUUACACAGUUUCAUGUCUAGAUGUAUUGUUGUAGCUCAAUUACCCCACCUAUUGACCAUUAGUGGUACUACACACCUCAGUUCAAAUGAAAAGAGCCCGUUCUUCCAGAAAGGCCCAGAAUAUUACAAUAAUAAUAAAAAAAAAAGAUUUUCCCACAAAACAUUUAUAGGUUCUUCCUUUGACCAUGUUCCAUCUCUCCUUUAUGUUAUGCUAGAACAAUUCUGUAUUGUUUCAUUUGCAAGUUUCAUUUAAGGGCUUCGCGGGUUUCCAGACAGCAGCGCUCUCUGUAUGUAUGGUUGUCAUGUUGCGCACACACACACACACACAGAAGCUUGUUUUUUUUUAUUUGUUUUUUUUUUUAUGUACAGUUCUUGUCUACCUCAAAUGCUGUACAAUGACAUCAUUGUACUGUGGAGCAAAAUAGGAAACUUAAGCGCCACAUUAGUACCCCUGAAUUUGACUUCAGUCACCAUUUGAAGCGGUGACUGAGUUUAUUUCAGUGUCCUUUUAAUAAAUUCUUGCUGACCUGUUUUACUUUGAGUGUGGGACUCGGCAGUAACACAUAAAGAAUUUGAUGUGAGAGCAGCUGCUGGGAUGCUCCUAAAAUAUCCAACAAACAGCAAGGAUAUGGUUGGAUUUAGAGAAUAUCUAAAUGACAGAGGGAAGCAGCCAUGGAUUGAGGUUGUUUGAAAAUGUCUGUGACACACACACACACACACACACUUACACACACAGACACACAAAUGCUUAUGCAUAUUACAUAUGUGAUUGUAUAUAAGUUGUACAUAGAUGGGUAAACGUAAGUAGAUAAAAGAUGAAGUUAUUUGCUACUGCUUGAGACAAAAUGUACAUCCAGAAGAGCGCUUUAAUGUGCUAGGUCAGCUGUCUGAACCUUAAAGUUAUCCUCCACCAAACACACGCCUGCGAUCGCAUCACAUGGUGGCUUUAAAAUUGCCUCUGAACAGCAGCUGUGGUGGAGCAGAGGCUGCCUGAAACUCAAGAGAUGUUUGGUGGUCUUUAACGGUCUCUACAGAGCAAUGAAGGGUAUUUUCCUGGAAGUGAGAUUUAUCCUUGAUGUAAAGCGCUCAAGCAAAAUGGCCUUGAUGUUAUUUAGAAAAGAAAAAUGUAAUAUGUUUCAUCUAUUUGGAAUGAUGGAGGAGUUGUAUCUUUGUGAGCUCUUUUUCCAGUUAGCUUUUUAUUUGUAAUUAUCAACUUACAUGUGACACAGCACUUUUGUCAUUCCUGUUUCUUUGCUAUCAAUAUCUUAUUUAAUGGUGAUGUUAUAUAAAUGCUUUUGGGAGGCCAGUUUUGCAGUUGUUUUAUUGUUUUAUAUUGGUAAAAA